UCGCAUAUAAUAGCUUUCGCACGCCGCGUCCCACGAGGAUCGAGAUCGGCGUCGUGGAUUUCCCGUUCCUGGCCUCGCAGUAGCGCCCCGGCCAAGUCCUUAGCUCAUGGAGAUGCGCGAAGCGCAGCCGUAUCGCGUGGCCGUCGCGAACGUCUCGGGCGACGUGGAGUACCGCUCCGUCCUGUUCGCCGGCGAGUCGCCGCCCAGACGCCUCGUGUGCUCCGAGUGCCGCACCGUGUCGGCGACCGAGCCCCGCUACGCGAUGCGCGGCGACGUGGUGUGUCACGAGUGCGCGCUGAACUCGUCCCGCAGUCCGCGGGGCGACCGCGGCGACGCGGCGGUCGCCGCCAACGAAGCUCAGCCCCCCGGCACUGGAGCAUGCCGGCUGCCGCCACCUCAGCCAUUCGUCGACGGCGACGUCGAGCUCCUCGGCGAUCUCGAGGUGUUGUGCGCCUACGCCGGCCUCAGCUGUGACUUUAGAGGAAAGCUCGGCGUUCUCUCCAACCACCUUUCCUUCACGUGCACCUGCCACACGAUCGAGUGUCCGAGGUGCGGCCAGCGAGUCGUGCACAGGGACUUGUGGCGCCACGUCAAGUCGAACGCGUGUUCCGAGAGCACGACGGCGCCGACCACGGAAGACGACCCCGCGCUCGUUUGGGCGCAGGUGUUCCUUAAUUGGGAACCAGUUCUCGCGCCGAGGACUAAUUCCGACCGCGCUACUCUAUCCGUCGUCUCGGAAUCGGCCCCGGUCCACCGAAGCUGGUCGGCCGGAGCCCACGGAAAACGAGCCUCCGUGCCACCUCGGGUUGGACAAGGAAGCCAAGCGCUGGCCGGCACACUGUUGGUGAGGUUUCCCGACAUCGCCGCGCCCUUCGGUGGUGCCUCGACCGGUGGCGUGGGCCUUGCGAAAGCGAAGCGAGGGGCCUGUUCGGUAGACGCCUCUCGCGGGGUCGAGUUCUUCGGCAGCGACCAGUUGGUGCUGGACGGCUUCCUGCUCAGCAUGCAAGCGGCUCUGUUCUACGAUUGUGUCAACGUCAGCGGCCUCGCCUCCUUUUCUACUUCGUUGAGGAAGUUUGUCGUCUUCGAGCUGCUGGUUCUGGACGUCGGCGGCGCGAAGGGCGUCCAGCCCGCUGCCUGUUGCAGGUGGCCGCCCACGAGAAUAGUUGCACUGACCCUCAACGGUUUUCGCGGGGUCGAGGGCAGCAACCUGGUGCUUCGCGCUGGCGUCCCUUCCGGCGGCCUACGGUGGGCGAAGCGUGGGGACUGGACCAAAAUGGCUGUCACCGAAUCCAUCGAUGCGGAAGUCGUCUGCAAGGAGUUCCUGGCUUUCGGUGUCGUUGACGUCACCGUUGAGCUCAAAUGAUCCUUCUACCCCCCCUCCCCCUUCAACCGUUCUCCCUAUACUGCACUGCCGCAUUGACAUCGCGUCCACCUCUGUGAGACGUGUUUUACUUUUAGUACCCUCAAAUACGUGACUUGAAUAAAACCUUUUAUCCUAUGGCUUGUAAUGGCCAAGCCGCGA